UCAAAAUCAUCAAUGAAAUUGAUACUUGGAUUAUUUACUUUCUAUUUUCAAACAAUAGUCGUAUUUAACCAAAAUGUAGCCGGGGAAACAAAUGGAGAACAGACCCAAACUUUAUCAACAGGAACCAACCAUUCUAACGAUGAAACACAUCUAUUAAAUACCAACCGAAGUACUGAUGUCAAUUUUACUAAAAAUGUUAAGGAUAUGCACAUUGUUUAUGCUUUGGAGAGAACUCAAGAUGUACCUGUAACAAAUUCUACAAGUCUAGAGAACACAAAAUUAGUGCAUUUUAAAGUCAACAAGACAAAAAAGAUUGUCUUCAACCAAAUUGAGAUUCCUAGCAAAGUCGUUGAAGACGGAGUUACAACGACAUCUAAAAAUGAUAUGCAUAAAGCAACAUUUGAAUCAGACGUCAUCCAAGCAGAACCCGAAGGGUCUUUCAAUAAUGGUCAAAACGUAGAUAUCGCUAUGCAUCGCUCAGACGUCGGGCACACGGAAGGCACUGAAUUCAACGUCACCCAAACAGAAGGUUUGCAUAGUAAGCCAACUGCAUAUUUUAACGAAGAUGGAAAUUUGAACAAUUUGACUCAUCCCACUGAAAAAUUUCAAUUUGACAACAAAAAAUAACAGAAAAUCUUGCACGACUCGCAGUUUAACAGUGAAAACAGUGAAUACCCAGACACUUUCGACUGGAGAAGAAGAGAAGAUUCUUACAAUCUGACAGAACCAGAGCAAUCCCCGUAUUCUGUGCUCCUCAUCGUAGUACGAGGCGGUGAAGUGGCAGGUCGGUGCACAUGUUCGAUCAUAACUGAGGAAUGGGUCUUGACAGCGGCACAUUGCCUCGUUGAGGGUGAAAAAUGUAUAGUAUACGCCGGGGGUCACUCGAUGGAGGAGUUAAAAAAAUUCGUAAAUGGAAGCGGCCCCAGGCCUCCUACAGCCCAGCUGCUCCAAUCCUCUAGUUUUAUCAUUCAUCCUCGGUAUGGGGGAGAAGAUUUUGACGUGGGGCUGAUCAAAGUGAAGGGAAAGUUCAACUUUACGCGGGCUGUGAGCUCGAUACAGCUGACCACGACACCUUGGAUGGAGAGUUACCAUGGAUAUACGACGUGCGUUUUUACGGGAUUCGGUACUGUUCAGAUAGGAGAGGAGAACAAGGACGAUGGCUACAGGAAGACGACUCGUCUGGAGAUUAAAAGCCCUUGCCUCUGCUCGUUCAAUCUGCGCAUGCGAUUUGGAUCAGAGACGGCCAGCAGGUACCUCUGUACCAAGCCCAAGCUGGACUACGGCAUGUGUCCCGGAGAUUCUGGUGGAGGUUUGCUGUGUGGAGGGAAGUUACGAGGAGUGACCAUGAUGGGAGUCAGGAUAGACGACAUGAAGAACUGUGAUAUGUCUAUUAUUGCUGGCAUGCAAUGCGGAGGCAUGAAUUCUAUCAGUGUGUUUCAGGAUAUCUGUCCAUUUCUUCCAUGGAUCAAUGAGCACACGAACGUCUUCAAUGGAACGAAAAUCUCGAAGAAAUGUAAAUAUAGUGGAUCAGCACGAACUAAUAACUCAUAUGGUUUAUUAUUUAUUAAUAUCGUAUUGAUUGUUUUAAUAAAUUCAUUUCUCAGAUGCGCCACACACGGAGACGGUCCUCUGCGGAUCUCUUCAUCACCUCGGGCUUCGCCCCUCCGGAGUUAUCAGUCAGGGGACGCUAGAUACCAUCACUCGGCUUCUGUCCACGGUGACGGAUCCCACCUAACUCACGGGAUAACCAUCUCCCUAUCACGGCUACAACUACAAAUUGGACCUCACACCUCAAGCCUCAAUCUGAUCGGGUGGAUUGAAAUACAGGCGUAG